AUGGAAGCCGAAGGCCUCGUACCAAAAGGCAUGAAAGAUGAGUCUCUUGGCGACGUCAUUCCGUUUUGGACGGACGACAACUUUCACGACGUUGACUUGGUUUGCAACGAUGGCGUCGUGGUCGGCGCAAACCGGUCCAUCUUGGCACUUCGAAGCGAAAAGUUUCGGAAAAUCCUCUUUGGUACUACCAAAACCGAGACGGUGGACAUUCCAUACAACAGUCAGGCGGUGAACACCAUGUGGAGUUCAUUCACAUGGAUCGGCCACCUGCUCGAUCCACGACAGACGACGACGACGACGACGACAAGUCCAUGA